AUGGAUGCUCGCAAGAGAUCACCAAGCAAUUCCCCUACGCCCGACACAGUCUUCCUAGAAGCAUGCGACGUCUACUUCCGACACUGCCACAAUAAGCCCUACGGCUUCUUCAAUGCGGAACUUUUUCAGCAAAAGGCAGCAAAGAAUCAAAUACCCCUCCAUCUUCGACUAGCAUUAAUCGCAACCGCUACUCGCUACUCGUCUCGCUCGCAAUGGCGAGAAAGGAAACAGAGUACCAUCGAUGGCUACGCAAGAUGCUCCUGGGAGCUUAUCGUGACGUCGCAGAAUGGGCUAGAUGACACUGACGAUGUGACGGUGAUUCAAGCCCUUGCCCUUUUGGCUGUAAUCGAUGCUACCGCUGGCCGGCGGCGAGGUGCCUGGGUAAAGAUUGGCAUGGCGGUGCGAAUCAGCCAAGAUUUACAAUUGAUGCUUGAACCGAGCACGAAUUUCUCUAGCUUGGAGCGUGACGAACGGAGGAAUCUUUUUUGGUCAUUAUAUCUCCUUGAUCGCUUCGUGUGCUGCUCCUUCCAACGACCACCCGCUAUCAAAGACUCGGAUUGUCUCUUGAGUCUACCCACGUAUCGCAAUUCGGGAAAAGGAGAGUCAACAAUGACAUUGAAAAGUCUACUAGACGAGAAUCACCGAGAUACGUCGCUUCGCCCAGGAAUGUUCGGUAUCAGCAUUGCAUUGGUCUCUGUCCUCGGGCGAACAAUCAAGUGCAUGAUGAACUCAGAGAACAAUCCAGAGAAGCCCUGGCAAUCCCAAUCAGAAUACAGACGUAUUCACAGUGACCUGGAAUUCUUAAAAGAGCUAGCCGUGAACAACAGCCCCGUCCUCGCUGCACCGGGCCAAGCUCGUCCUCAAGAUCAGAUGCAAGACCGCGAUCGCGAGCGAAUUGCGCAUAUGGUUCUUUCUCAUACUUUAUAUCACCUUUCACACUGCAUUCUCAGCCAUCCAUAUCUUCUCAGUCUGAAGAUCCAAUCAGUUCCAUCGUCUGAUAUGCCGCCGUCCUGGCUGGAAGAAACCCGCGCAACGUGUCUGGUACACGCCGGCUCACUGAUCACCGUUCUCGUCGAAGCCAAAGCAGCGGGAUACAUGCCUGUUCCUUCGGUAUACAGCUACUGCAUCCUGGUGGCUAGUACCAUCCACGCGCUCUAUCUACACAGCGACGAUAUAGCCGUCAGCCACAGCUCAGCAGAAUACCUCAAAACAUCCCUCGACUACCUGUGCGAAGUCUCCGAACUAUGGACGAACGCGCAAAUGAUGGCCAACGCCCUAAAAUCCUUCGCCCUCCAAUGCAGCCGCUACACCACCCUCCUCCUCCGCGAAAAACCCCUCGUCGACGAACUCACCCCCACAGAAUCCGCCGUCCUCCGCUCCGUCAUCGACUACUGGGCCAUGAUGGACCCGCAUAACCCUGUCUUCGACGUAGCGGCAAAGGGACCCGAUGGCCUUCUUCUCGAUCUGGAUCUGCCUGGUAUCGAUAUCGGGCCGGGCUACCUGACGCCACCGACGCAUGGUGCUGGUGCGGCGGGGGGAUCUCUUUGGGGGUGGAGAUGUCUCACUCUGCUGGACAGAAAGGUGGUGGUGGUGAUUCGGUGGAUCCUGAUAUUUUGA